AUGCCAAUAAUUACAGAUACAGUUAGACUUCAUAUAAUAGAAAAUGGCCCAAAAUUAAUAGACAAUAUUGAUCAAUACACUUUUCUAUUGGCGGAUGACGGGAGACGAUUUAACUUUAAAUGGUUUUAUAAGAAACUUCCCAAUGGUGAAGAUGUAAAACGCCAAUGGAUAAUGUAUAGUUGUUCAAAAAAUGCUAUAUUUUGUUUUCCCUGCAUAUUAUUUUCAAAAGACAAAUAUUCCACAUUUUCUAACUCUUUAGACGGAUUUUAUGAUUGGAAACAUUUAAAUCCAUUUAUACCUGCUCAUGAAAAUAAUGUCCAACACAGAAAAUGUUUUAUGGAGUGUAAAGAGAUAGAGAAACGUUUAAAAAACGGAAAAACAAUAGAUAAUUUCAUACAAAAAGCUGUAAAUAUCGAUGAGGAAAAAUGGUGCAAUAUUUUAAAAAUCAUAAUUGACUUUAUUCUUUUCUGUGCAAAAAAUAAUCUUGCUCUUCGAGGCACUUCAGAUAAAAUAGAGGAUGCAAAUAGUGGAAUGUCAAAUGCAUUGGCGUUUUAA